AUUCCAUCAGGUCGCCGUGUACUUCAGGAGAGAUCUGACUUACUGCGGAAAGAGAGCUAUAACGAAGUGAACUAUCCAAGCAACGAGCCACAGUUACGCCUGAAAGAAUUCAUACAAGGUAGACAUACAAAGAAAUCCAACAUGUCAUCUGCAAAAGGAGUUGCUAUUGGGAUUGACCUGGGCACCACCUACUCCUGUGUGGGGGUGUUUCAGCAUGGAAAAGUGGAGAUCAUCGCCAAUGACCAGGGAAACAGAACAACACCCAGCUAUGUUGCCUUCACAGACACUGAGAGGCUCAUUGGAGAUGCAGCUAAAAACCAGGUGGCCAUGAACCCCAACAACACCGUGUUUGAUGCUAAGAGGCUGAUUGGCAGAAAGUUUGAUGACCCAGUUGUGCAGUCUGACAUGAAGCACUGGUCUUUCCAAGUCGUCAGUGAUGGAGGGAAGCCGAAAGUUCAAGUUGAAUACAAAGGAGAAAGCAACUGUAUCAGGGAGGGAUGCCAGCUGGAGGCUGUGGAACUCAGGCACGUGGAGCAUCAGGGGCCGUUCACUCCAUUUUGCUACUGUUAA